AUGUAUGUUUUUUAUGUUUUGAUGGGUGUGGAUUUUGAUGUUUUUGUUAGUGCACCAAUGAGAAGGAGCAAACUUGAUCCCAAGGCUAUCAAAUGCAUAUUCAUAGGAUAUUCCUCAAAUCAGAAAAUUUAUCCUACUCUUCAAGUCAUGAACAUGAUUGAUGUGUCCACUACAACAAUUCUACAACCCAGAACCUGGCCACCACAAAUUUCAAGUCAUGUUCCUUAUAAUUCAUAUCCAUCCAUUUCUCUUAAGUUGCUUUUAUAUGUGAAGAAUGUUUUCCUCAAUGGUAAUCUUGAAGAAGAAGUCUACAUGGAAAUUCCUUCAGGCUUUAAUACGUUUGCUAGAGUUAACAAAGUCUGCAAACUUAAAAAGUCUUUAUAUGGCUUAAAGCAAUCCCCACACACUUGGUUUAACAGAUUUACCUAA